UCUCUCUGUAGUUGUUGGAGUGGAUCCGUCGCACCAUCCCAUGGCUGGAGAACCGCGUGGCGGAGCAGACCAUGCGUGCCAUGCAGCAGAAGCUGGAGGAUUUCCGCGACUACAGGCGCAUCCACAAGCCUCCACGCGUUCAGGAGAAAUGCCAGCUGGAGAUCAACUUCAACACCCUGCAGACCAAACUCCGCCUGAGCAACCGCCCGGCCUUCAUGCCCUCCGAGGGGAAGAUGGUGUCGGAUAUUGCUAAUGCAUGGAAAGGUCUAGAGCAGGUAGAGAAGGGUUAUGAGGAAUGGCUCCUCACCGAGAUCCGUCGUCUGGAGAGACUUGAUCAUCUGGCGGAGAAGUUCAAGCAGAAAUGCUCCCUGCAUGAGUCCUGGACCACAGGAAAGGAGCACCUGCUGUCUCAGAAGGACUAUGAGACGGCCUCUCUGAUGGAGAUCAGGGCUCUGAUGAGGAAGCACGAGGCGUUUGAGAGCGACCUGGCUGCCCACCAGGACCGAGUGGAGCAGAUCGCAGCCAUCGCUCAAGAGCUGAAUGAGCUAGACUAUCAUGAUGCUGCUUCAGUGAACACCCGCUGCCAGGGCAUCUGUGACCAGUGGGACAACCUGGGAACCCUGACCCAGAAGAGAAGAGACGCUCUAGAGCGUGUAGAAAAACUUUGGGAGACGAUUGAUCAGCUGUACCUGGAGUUCGCCAAGAGGGCGGCGCCCUUCAACAACUGGAUGGAUGGGGCCAUGGAGGAUCUGCAGGACAUGUUCAUCGUGCACAGCAUUGAGGAAAUCCAGAGUCUGAUAACAGCUCACGACCAGUACAAGGCCACCCUGCCAGAAGCCGAUAAGGAGCGCAUAGCCAUCAUGGGCAUCCAGAACGAGAUCACAAAGAUCGCUCAGACCUACGGCAUCAAGCUGGUCGGAGUCAAUCCGUACACGGUCCUCAGCCCACAGGACAUCACCAACAAAUGGGAGGCUGUGAAGCAGCUGGUUCCCCAUAGAGACCAGAUGCUGCAGGAGGAGGUUGCCAGGCAACAGGCCAAUGAGAGGCUGAGGCGCUCGUUCGCCGCUCAGGCCAACAUCAUCGGACCCUGGAUUCAGACCAAGAUGGAGGAGAUCGGUCACGUGUCGGUGGAUAUCACCGGCUCUCUGGAGGAACAGAUGAAUAAUCUGAAGCAGUACGAGCAGAACAUCAUCAACUACAAAUCCAACAUUGACAAACUGGAGGGAGAUCACCAGCUCAUUCAGGAGGCGCUCGUCUUCGACAACAAACACACUAACUACACCAUGGAGCACGUCCGUGUGGGCUGGGAGCAGCUGCUCACCACCAUCGCUCGCACCAUCAACGAGGUGGAGAACCAGAUCCUGACCCGCGACGCCAAGGGCAUCAGCCAGGAGCAACUCAACGAGUUCAGAGCCUCCUUCAACCACUUCGACAGGAAGAGAAACGGCAUGAUGGACCCCGACGAUUUCCGCGCAUGUCUGAUCUCUAUGGGUUACGAUCUGGGUGAGGUGGAGUUCGCCCGCAUCAUGACCCUGGUGGACCCCAACAACACGGGGGUGGUGACCUUCCAGGCCUUCAUCGACUUCAUGACACGCGAGACCGCUGAAACAGACACUGCUGAACAGGUCAUGGCCUCCUUCAAGAUCCUGGCCUCCGACAAGUCCUAUAUCACUGUGGAGGAGCUUCGUCGUGAACUCCCACCCGAGCAGGCCGAGUACUGCAUCUGCCGCAUGACCAAGUACGCCGGCCCCGAUGCGUCCCCUGGAGCCCUGGAUUACAUCUCCUUCUCCAGUGCCCUUUACGGAGAGAGCGAUUUAUAAACGCUCUGAAUAUCUGUCUUGUUCUCUUUCUUUCCUCUCAUUUUCUCCAAGCCCCCAAAUGUAGCUUUAGAUUUGCGAGGGAGUUAGCAAUAUCCCUCGUUUCCCCUCUCUGUUUUUCUGUCUGCUAGCUUUAACAUCAUAUUUGUUUUACAUCCA